GAAGCACCUUGAGCGAGCAGACAGCUUGGACACCGGGAAUUGCAUUUGUUGUUGCAUACAAGCGCAUCUACGCUAAGCACUGGGGACUCUUGUUCAUUGCGUCGCCAUCACGCUGAGCCUUCUUGAUUUUGAGGUACCUGUGCCUUCAAGUGAAACAAAAGAGGUGCCGGCUCGUCCCAAACGCGCGGCCUCGCGGCGAAACUCUCGGCGGAAGAGCUCCAAAGUGCCAAAAGAGGUACGGGUGGGAGCUCGUCUUGAGCCAUCGCGGGAACCUGAAGCGGCCCAUAUCCUGGUGGCCGUGCUCACCUCGCAGUGGAGGGAUCAGGCUGUCUUCUCGCUGGUCCAUCGCAUCAUUCUCAUCUCCUGUGAACAGCAGCAGAUGUGCCGCUGCUUGUUUGAAGCUGGUCUCACCUCUGCCCUCCGGAGCUUCCUCCGGAAGAUCCGGCGAGGUGAAGUAGCCCAGUUCUGGUUUGAGGAUAAGAAAGAGAGAGCUGGCUUGAAAGCACGCAAGUCGUUGAAGAAGGCCAAGGAGGUGGUGAUGGCUCGCAUGCGAGUGGAUGAGGCGAUUCGUGGGGCCCAAGAGAAUUCCUGGCAUAUGCUUCGGAUCCUGGCUGUGAAUGCUGGCGGAGGCCCUGAGCAGGCCGAGAAGGCACAUGAGGAUUACAAGCCAGACACUUGGAAGUCAAUCGCCCAGGCUCUGGACGAGAUGCGGCAGGUGGACCAUGGGCCCCAGUGGCCCUUGGCAGUGAAGUUUCUCGAGGCAUUGUUGCUCUACGACUUUCCGGCCCAUGGAGAGUUCUUCCAAGCACAGGAUGGUCUUACCCUCGCCUUGGCAGAGCUCCCGAAUGGCCAGGUGGCCGAUGUGUAUCCGCUCUUUGUGGCGGUACUGAGACUUCACUUGAGGAGCAUUCCAUGUUCUCCUCAGUAUUGUCCGGUGGCAGAGGAGCGCCAGGUCCAGCUGCGCAGGGGCGACACCUUUCCUCGGCCUCUGGCAUUGGAGGCCAAACCGCUGACUUCUACCAGGACAAAGCGUCAGGGGACACUUCCCGAUCUUCCGCUCGAAGGAGAGUUCCUGACCUGCGGUCAACGGCUGACCAACGAAGCGAAGGCCUUCUUGGCCGAGCAAGGUGCAGUUCCAGUCUUGCUUGAGUCUUUGCUGGAUGCGGAAAGUGCCGAGUUGGAGGAUGGAUUGCUUCGGCUCCUCUCGGAAUUGCUGCAGGACGUCGCCUUGGGGGCCGAGAAGGCAUCAGAGGAGUUCAUGAACUUUGGCCUGGCCGACCAGGGCGGCUCUGAAGUCGUAUUGCAGUUGAUGAAAGGCAACUUGAAGAACAGAACGCGUGUGGAAGCAGCGCUCUUUGCACUGGCCGGAGCGAUCACGCAUAGUCCAGACUGCGCGACGAAGAUGGCCUCAGAGAUGGGUGCCAAGGUCUUGAUCCAAUCGGUCUGGAGGUAUUGGGAGGAAGUGGACUUCCGCCGGCGCAGUUUGAUGUUGCUGAGGCAGAUCCGGGAUGCCAACCACGAGCUCACAGGCUUCAUGCUGAUGCACUGGAAGGCGCAUUUGGCGGCCUUGGAGCUGGGGCAGGUGAAGGACCCUGACGAAGAAAGCAAAGUGGAGGAGGCGGAGGUGGCAGAGGAGGAGUCUCCUGCUCAACCGAUGGAUGAUCCAGGUCCUGAAGAAGAGCCACAGGCAGAUGCGCCCGCAGAGGAGGAGGCUGCACCGGAGGAGAGUCCAAAGAUGACUCACUUGGAUGAAGGAACCUUGGACAUGGAGGUGGAGGUCUUGAAGGACAUGGACGAUCCCAGGCCUGGCUCCAGCCUGAGCGAUCUCAAGAGCACUCCAGAAGUGCCAGACGCGCCGAAGCAGGCGGAGUUGACCAAAGGUGUCGAGGCUACCGUAGAGCCUUUUUCUGGAGCGAAUCUGCCACGAGAAAUGCGACACUUCCUCGCACUGUUGAGAGUCCACCGCUUUGAACAGAAGAGCUCGAUCUUGGAUAUCCCUGACUUGGUGCAAGCCAUCGUGGAAUUCAAUGAUGACGCGGAGUUGUCUCGCUUUGGCAUAAAAGCUCUAAUGUCUGGCACUGCUAUGGAACAAGAGAUGCGGUUGCCCACAAUCGGUAGGUGCCCCAACUUCGUCAAGUCUGUACGGAGGAUGGUGCAGAAAGAGGGCGCGGUGGGGGUGCUUCAGCUUCAGCUCCGCUUGAUCCUGGGAAUCUUGGACAAUGAUCCAACAGAUUACCAGGAUUGGGUUGAGGUGGACGUGCUGGCCGUCGCCAAAGUCUUGCAGGCGACCAACAUUUGGACUUCCAACGCCUGGGAGGUGAUACUAUCAGCCAUUACAGAAGCCAUGCGGACGCCACAUGGAAAGAUUCAGUUGCAAAACUUCAACGUUGCCUUGUCCCUGUACAAGGAAUGGGAAAAGCUCAAAGAUAACCCUGAUGAUGCCUUGGCCAAGAUGCUGGUGUCAAGUUUCUUUGACCAGACCGAAAGGACCCUGGAGAUGAUAGGCUGAGCAGAGUUGCAGCCUCCAAAGCCUGAUUGCAAACCUC